CUCUGGGAAAGCUGUACGACCACGUGACUGUCCUCCAGCAUAGAACCUACUUCCGCGGCGCAUUCUAAUGACGUCACGUUCUGUUACUAAGCAACAGUCAGCAACAAACGGGAGUUGAACAUCAGCGAAACAUCGCGGAAUGUCUCAUUUUGGUUCUGAUCUAAAAGCUGAUGGACAUGGUGAAGUAUGGCUAGAUCUUAGGCCUGAGACCAAGUUCAAGCAGUAUGGAUGGAGGUGCACAACCAAAGAGGACGCUUACUGCAACAAGACUCUCAUUGGAAACUGGAAUCAGGAACGAUACGACCUACGUAAACUGGAGGAAAGAAAGCCAUUGCCUUCUCAGUAUGCGCACUACUUUGAGACCUCAUAUAAUGCUGAAUAUCUCAGGAACAGCGGCUCUGCAGGAAGGCAAGUCUUCAAGAAAGAGCCUUAUGUUUUCCCUGGACAUCAACCUGAACUAAUCCCACCACAAUACAGACCUCAGCUAAAAUCCUGCUACAUGAUUGACUAUGGCAACUCUAAGCCAUCACCUUGAUGUCAUAAAGGAACAGUAUAGAGAAAAAUCUUGCUACUUAGAUUUUAUGGUACUUUUCAGUUUAAAUUGCUCUAUAAAUCAAGUCCAGUAUAACAUGAAUUUAGAAAAGACACCUUACACUUGUUUGGACAUUACGUGUCACCAGCCUCCCGUAUUAUCAAAGCUUUCUCUUUUCAUAAUAUUUCCUCACAUGGACACACCACUGGGGAGUAAGUCUUCUGUCCUUGAGUGGUCUCCAACAUUAUAUCCCUUUUCUAUUAGAAGAAUGAAGGAUCAUGUUAUUUGCAUAAAUUUCCAACUUGUGUUGCAAUACUGGAAAAAAAAAAUUUAACCCCUUAAGGACCAGGCCAUUUUACACCUUAGGACCAGAGCGUUUUUUGCACAUCUUUUGUCACUUUAAACAUUAAUAACUCUGGAAUGCUUUUAGUUAUUAAUCUGAUUCCGAGAUUGUUUUUUCGUGACAUAUUCUACUUUAACAUAGUGGUAAAAUUUUGUGGUAACUUGCAUCCUUUCUUGGUGAAAAAUCCCAAAAUUUGAUGAAAAAUUUGAAAAUUUUGCAUUUUUCUAACUUUGAAGCUUUCUGCUUGUAAGAAAAAUGGAUAUUCAAAAUAUAUAUUUUUUUAUUCACAUUUCCAAUAUGUCUACUUUAUGUUUUCAUCAUAAAAUUGACGAGUUUUUACUUUUGGAAGACACCAGAGGGCUUCAAAGUUCAGCAGCAAUUUUCCAAUUUUUCACAAAAUUUUGAACCUCGCUUUUUUUCAGAGACCAGUUCAGGUUUGAAGUGGAUUUGAAGGGUCUUCCCAUUAGAAAUACCCCACAAAUGGCCCCAUCAUAAAAACUAAACCCCCCAAAGUAUUUAAAAUGACAAUCAGUAAGUGUUUUAACCCUUUAGGUGUUUCACAGGAAUAGCAGCAAAGUGAAGGAGAAAAUUCACAAUCUUUAUUUUUUACACUCGCAUGUUCUUGUAAACCCAAUUUUUGAAUUUUUACAAGGGGUAAAAGGAGAAAAUGUAUACUUAUAUUUGUAGCCCAAUUUCUCUCGAGUAAGCACAUACCUCAUAUGUCUAUGUAAAGUGUUCGGCGGCGCAGUAGAGGGCUCAGAAGCGAAGGAGCGACAAGGGGAUUUUGGAGAGCACGUUUUUCAGAAAUGGUUUUUGGGGGGCAUGUUGCAUUUAGGAAGCCCCUAUGGUGCCAGAACAGCAAAAAUAACCCACAUGGCAUACCAUUUUGGAAACUAGACCCCUUGGGGAACGUAACAAGGAAUAAAGUGAGCCUUAAUACCCCACAGGUGUUUCACGACUUUUGCAUAUGUAAAAAAAAUAAAAAAAUUUUCUCACUAAAAUGUGUGUUUCCCCCCAAAUUUCAAAUUUUUUUGCAAGGGUUAAUAGCAGAAAAUACCCCCCAAAAUUUGUAACCCCAUCUCUUCUGAGUAUGGAGGCACCCCAUAAGUUGGCAUGAAGUGCAUUACGGGCGAACUACAAUGCUCCGAAGAGAAGGAGUGAUAUUUGACUUUUUGAGAGCAAAUUUUGCUCGGGGGGCAUGUCGCAUUUAGGAAGCCCCUAUGGUGCCACAAAAGCAAAAAAUACCCACAUGGCAUACCAUUUUGGAAACUAGACCCCUUGGGGAACGUAACAAGGAAUA